AGAAAAGAACAGAUUCUAUGUUCUGUAUUUCUCACGUCCAUGGGGAUCACAUUAACCUAAAAGUGGAUUCUGACGUCUCCUCGCUGGAUUUGAAAUAACUUAUCGUAAAAAUGGAAUAAAAAUCGAUUCAAGACAGAAAUGUAUGAAUUAGAAGUAGCAGACCCGCAAAAAAUUCUCUGAAGAGAAAAUUAAUUCGAAGAAAGUCGCUUUGAAGUAUAUUUUUUAAUCGCACAUACUGGAUAUUCUUAUGUGAAUUGUGUAAAUAAUUCGUGAUGAAACUGUAUUGUCUAUCAAGCGAGCCAACGAAGCCAUGCCUGGUCUUAAGCUUCAAAGGAAUAACAAUGAUGUUGGAUUGCGGUUUAAACAUGCAAUCCAUUUUACACUUUAUGCCCUUGCCGAUGGUUCCUAGUAGCAAGUUUAAUUCCUUACCAACAUGGUUCCCACGUGACAAUCAGCAAGAUUGGCAAGUCGAAGGAGAGCUGAAGGAAUGUUGCGGUAGAGUGUUUGUAGACUCAGUUCCAGAAUUUUCUCCUCCUUUGGAGAAAAUAAUUGAUUUCUCAGAGAUCGAUGCUAUUCUAAUAUCCAACUACACCUGCAUGCUUGCUCUACCAUUUAUAACGGAAGGCACAGGCUUCAAAGGUAUAAUAUAUGCCACUGAGCCGACCUUACAAAUUGGACGAUUUUUUAUGGAAGAACUAGUGGAAUUUAUCGAGCAGACUCCAAAAGCGACAAUGGCCAAGCAUUGGAAGGAAAUGUUGCAUAUGUUGCCACCUCCAUUAGCAGAUGUUAUUAAACCGAAAUCUUGGAGGCAUAUCUAUUCCACAUCGGCUGUGAAUUCAGCACUAUCUCACAUUCAGAUGGUCGGAUAUGAUCAAAAGCUGGAUAUAUACGGUGCAUUAACAGUUACGCCAAUCAGCUCAGGUUACUGUUUAGGUAGCAGCAACUGGCUGAUAUCCUGUGACCAUGAAAAGGUUGCUUUCGUCAGCGGCUCGUCCACGUUGACUACUCAUCCGAGACCUAUGGAGCAAGCUACAUUGAAGCACGCCAAUAUGUUGAUACUAACGGGUCUAACGCAAACACCGACCGCUAAUCCGGAUACGAUGCUUGGAGAAUUGUGUAUGACUGUUGCUGUAACUCUCAGGGCCGGUGGAUGCGUUCUGAUACCUUGCUAUCCUUCUGGCGUCGUGUAUGAUUUAUUCGAAUGCUUAAGCACUCAUUUGGACAAAUCAGGCUUCACGCAGGUUCCUCUAUUUUUCAUCUCACCAGUGGCAGAGACAUCCUUGGCUUACUCGAAUAUCCUGGCCGAGUGGCUGUCAACAAAUAAGCAAAACAAAGUUUAUCUUCCAGAGGAACCGUUCCCACACGCUUUCCUCGUGAAGAACGCCCGAUUAAAGCAUUAUACAUCCACGUACGCCGAGGGAUUCAGCAAUGACUAUCGACAACCGUGCGUAGUUUUUUGCGGCCAUCCCAGUCUCCGAUUCGGUGAUGCCGUGCACUUUGUGCAAUUGUGGGGCAACAAUCCCUUGCAUACUGUCAUUUUCACUGAACCAGACUUUCCGUAUUUGGAUGCCCUCGCUCCGUUUCAACCGUUGGCUAUGAAAGCCGUGCAUUGCCCUAUCGACACUUCUCUCAAUUUUACCCAGGCCAAUAAGCUCAUACGAGAUUUGAAACCGGAGCAUCUAGUAAUUCCAGAAGUUUAUACACAACCUCCUUUAACGGCGCCGCAUAGAACGGAUCUAGUCAUCGAACCUGUCGGAGAAAAACCUUUGAUUACGUUUAAACGUGGAGAGGUGAUAAAAUUGCCGUUGAAGCGAAAAAAAGGUCGUGUAUUUAUCGAGCCGGAAUUAGCUAGCAACAUCAUACCAAAUGAAGUGCGACCCGGUUUAAGUCUCGCUUCCGUUACCGGAGAGCUCGAGGUCAAAGAUAAUGUAUAUACGAUAAAGAAUAUAGAAGAUAGGCAGAGCGGAAAGCGGAAGGCAUCGUCAGGUUCACCUGCACCCGUCAAAGAGGAAGUAUUGAAGGAGCGGAAACACGAAUACGGGAUUUUGGAUCCACAGGAGUUGCUGCAGAAGCUCAAUCAAGAGGGUUUUCAAGGCGCCAAGUUACAACACAGUCCCACUUCUACGAGUAUUCAUUUGCAAGACGAGGACACUCUUAUUCAGAUUGGAGACAAUUCUACACACAUUUUCUGCAAUGGGGAUCAAAAGAUUCGUAAACGCCUCAGGACUAUAAUAAUGCAGUGUCUGAAAAGAUUUUGAGACAUGAUAAACACUUUAGUAUUUUGACAUCUUAUGAGACAAAUGUUUUAUACUGCUACAUAAGUAUAUAAUUUAUUGUUUUAAAAUAUGUAUAUAUUUAUUUUCUUCCAUUUACACUUUAUUCUAUUCCAUAUUAAUCUAUCAAUAAUUUUUAUAUCAAACUAUUAGAGGAAGACAUGAUUGGUAAUUUUUAAAUUAUAGUAGAAAAAAGCUUUCUAUUAUCUAAAUAAUGCUAAAACAAAAUUUUAAGUAUAUUAAACGCAAUAUUCUAUGCAGGAACUAAAAUGUAAAAUAAUUAAAUAUGUACACACUUAGAAAUAAUUUAAAAACUUUUAUAUAUAGAUGAAUUGAGUAAUUGUUAAAUUAUUACUACGACAAACAUGACUAGUAAAAUGAAUGAUCAAAUAUUAAAUUUGCAGCAAACAUCGUUAGGUAAUUUUUAUUGAGAUAAUACAUGUGUACUAAGGUAUUUGUAUAAGAAAGAG